CGUCAUAUAUUUGUCGUAUAAAAGCGGUGCCCUAAAAUCUUACUAGUUUUGUAGGGUUUUUGCGCCCUCUAUCUCCUCCUCUUCCUUCUUGACAAUCGCCUGCUUCGUUAACUCCUCUGUUUCCGGCUGUUGGAUUCGUCGUGUUUAACGGAUAUUUUUGUUUCUGCUUAAAUAUCCAAACAUGGUGCAAUACAAUUUCAAGAAAAUCACAAGGGUACCCACUGGAAAAGACUUUGUAGACAUAGUCCUCAGUAGAACCCAAAGACAAACCCCAACAGUUGUCCACAAAGGCUAUGCAAUCAACCGAAUCAGAGGUUUUUACAUGAGAAAAGUGAAGUUCACACAAACAAACUUUCACGAAAAGCUCUCCACCAUUGUAGACGAGUUCCCAAGACUUGAUGACAUCCAUCCUUUCUAUGGAGACCUUCUUCAUGUCCUUUACAACAAAGAUCAUUACAAACUCGCCCUUGGUCAAAUCAACACAGCAAGAAACCUCAUUGGGAAAAUAGCAAAAGAUUAUGUCAAGUUAUUGAAAUAUGGUGACUCACUUUACAGAUGCAAAGCCUUAAAAGUUGCAGCCCUUGGUAGAAUGUGCACAGUGACAAAAAGAAUUGGGCCAAGUUUGGCUUAUCUUGAACAGAUCAGACAACACAUGGCUAGGCUUCCUUCUAUUGACCCAAACACUAGAACUAUUUUGAUUUGUGGGUAUCCAAAUGUUGGAAAAAGUUCUUUCAUCAACAAGAUUACAAGAGCAGAUGUCGAUGUACAACCUUAUGCUUUCACUACAAAGUCUCUGUUUGUUGGACAUACUGAUUAUAAGUAUUUAAGGUAUCAAGUGAUUGAUACUCCAGGGAUUCUAGAUAGACCUUUUGAGGAUAGAAAUAUCAUAGAAAUGGUUAGUAUAACAGCUUUAGCACAUCUCAGAGCUGCUGUUUUGUUCUUUCUUGAUAUCUCUGGUUCUUGUGGAUACACUAUUGCACAACAAGCUGCUCUUUUUCAUUCCAUUAAGUCGCUCUUCAUGAACAAGCCUUUGAUAAUUGUCUGUAACAAAACGGAUUUGCAAUCUUUGGAAGGGAUUUCGGAAGAUGAUAAGAAGUUAGUUGAAGAGAUGAAGUCGGAAGCAAUGAAGACUUUGGUUGUAGAUGGUCAACAAGUGUUGUUGACCAUGAGUACUUUGACUGAAGAAGGGGUAAUCGCGGUAAAAAACGCAGCUUGUGAGAGGUUGUUGGACCAGAGAGUUGAAGUCAAAAUGAAGUCAAAGAAGAUAAACGAGUGUUUGAAUCGGUUUCAUGUUGCAAUGCCAAAGCCACGUGAUCAGAAGGAAAGACCUGUUUGUAUACCUGAAGCUGUUGUUGAAGCUAAAGCCAUGGAAGCUGAAAAGGUGAAGAGGAAGUUGGAAAGGGAGAAUGAAAAUGAAAAUGGUGGAGCGGGUGUUUACUCUGCAAGUUUGAAGAAACAUUAUCUUUUAGCUGAUGAUGAAUGGAAGGAAGAUAACAUACCUGAAAUACUCGAUGGGCAUAACGUGUAUGAUUUUAUCGAUCAGGAUAUUUUACAGAGGCUUGAGGAAUUGGAGAAAGAAGAAGGGCUUCUUCAAGAACAAGGAGAUGGAGAAGAUGAAGAAAUGGAAGGUGAGGAUUUGACUCCAGAACAACAGAAAGAGCUGAAUGAAAUCAGAAAAAAGAAAAGUAUAUUAAUCCGUGAACAUAGAAUCAAGAAAAGCACAGCUGAAAGCAGACCAAUUGUUCCAAGGAAAUUCGAUAAAGACAAAAGAUUUACAUCAGAAAGAAUGGGGAGACAGCUGUCAUCAUUAGGGCUUGAUCCAUCAAAAGCAAUGAAAAGGGUGAGAAGCGAGUCAAGAGGUAGAAAGAGGGAGAGGUCAAAUAAUCAUGGUGAUGGAAUGGAUGUGGAUGAUGGUGAAGGAUCGAAUAAGAAGAUGAAGAUUAGGUCAGAGUCAAAGUCAAGGUCAAUGUCGAGGUCAAGGUCAAUGUCAAGGCCACCUGUGCAUGAAUUGGUUCCAGGUGAAGGGUAUAAGGAUUCAGCUCAGAAGGUGAAGGCGUUUAAAAUGGGAAAGAGUUCGGUUCACAAGAGGAAUAAGGCUGCUAAAAAGGGUGAGGGCGAUAGAGUCAUUCCGACAUUGAAGCCUAAACAUUUGUACUCUGGAAAAAGAUCAAAUGGGAAGACUACUAGACGUUAAGGAUCUCUAUUGUUAUGUGAAGGCACUACACACAGUAAUGGUGUUUUUGAAACGGAUCUUGUUACGUUUUUUUUUCUUUUUGAAGUUAAAUGAUUUUGGUUGUGGGUUCUGAAUAUUUUUAUUUUUUUGUUAAGACUUUUGUUGACAGCUAUAAUAUUUGGAUCUGAGUUUUACUGGUUUAAGGUUCCAUUUUUGGUGA